AUGCCCGCCACGAAGGAGGACUAUGAGCGGCUGUCAGCUUGGGCGGCACUUCUCAACCCAGACCAAAACAUAGAUCGACGGGGACAUAAACGUAUCGUCCCGCUGGAGGUGAUCAAUGUCUCAGCACCGCGAACAGGCACGUUGUCUCUCAAUGAGGCCUUCAGCAUUCUCGGCUAUGCCAACCCAUACCAUAUGUCAUCAGUAUUCGCGAAUUGCAAGGACGCAGACAUAUGGCAAGAAGCACUGGCUGCAAAGUACCGGCCUUCGCCAAACAGUGAGCCCUUUGGGACGAAGGAAUUCGACCAAGUGCUCGGGCACUGCGGGGCGGCUGGCGACGCGCCUUGCGCACUGCUCUGGCGCGAGCUCAUGGAGGCGUACCCAGAUUCGAAGCUGAUCCUCGUGGACCGUGAUGAGGACAAAUGGUUAGCAAGUAUGCAACAGCUCGCAGAAGGUGCUAUCAAUCGCAUCACGAGCACUAUCAAGAUCACUGAUCCCUUCCGGACUGGUAGAAUAUUAAACCUUGGAAUCAACUGGAUGGGAUAUUGGACCGGAAGUAUGAACGACCUCUCCGCGAGGACUGUUGUGGCCAACGCCCGCGAGACGUACCGAAAGCACAACGCAGACAUCAGAGCGACUAUGCCAAAGGAAAGGCUUCUCGAGUACAAAAUGGGUGAUGGAUGGGAGCCGCUGUGUAAAUUUUUGGGCAAGGAUAUACCUGGGGUGCCUUUCCCACAUCGCAAUGAUGUGAAGACAAUGGAGGCCUCUAUUGGUUCGAUGUACGAGGAGGCUCUGAAGGCAUCGCUUUGGAAUAUCGCUGUAGUUGUGGGUGGUGGAGCGAUCGUUGUUGGCAGUCUGUGGCAGCUGUAUGUCGCGCUGAAUGGAUAG